AUGGCGACGCCGAACAGAAUCGAACGCGCUCACCAGAUGUACCGUGAUGGACGAUACGAGGAGGCGUUAGGGUUCUACACGGAGGCAAUCGCCAUGGCCAAGACCAACCCUCAGAAGAUCGCUUUGCAUAGCAAUCGAGCCGCGUGCUAUCUCAAGCUUCACGAUUUCAAAAAGGCAGCAGAAGAGUGUACCUCGGUGCUUGAGCUUGAUCACAAGCACAGUGGGGCCUUGAUGUUAAGGGCUCAAACACUAGUCACCCUGAAGGAGUACCAUUCAGCUCUCUUUGACGUCAACAGACUGUUAGAGUUGAAUCCAUCUUCAGAGGUUUAUCAAAAUCUUCAUGCUCGCUUGAAGACACAGUUGUCACUUGCUCCAAUACCAGAAUCAGAAGAGGAGUUUGAAGAACAGGAAGAUGAGGAGCCUGAAGUGAUACAAGAAGGGGAGAAUGUAAAAGAAGAGAUGGGAGAGAAAUACUCUUUGAUUUCUAAUAUUAGGACAGAACAGAAGGAUGAACUUGGCAAAGGUACUGAAGGCGCUCCUCAUGAAGCAGACCCCAAGUUUUCAACGAAGCAAGGGAGAAACCAAAACCAUGAGUCUAAGAAGUCCACAACAGAUGCUAUAGCUCUUAAAGCACCAAACAGGGAAUCAAGUGAGCAACAUUCAAAAGGAUGGCAAACAAUUCCAAAACCAAAAGGACAUUCAGCUCUAGACUAUGCACGGUGGGAUAGUGUUGAAGAUGAUUCUAGUGAUGAUGACGACGAUGAUGAAGAAGAAGAAUCUUUGCCUCAAUACCGGUUUCGUGUAAGAACAGUUGGUGUCCGUCCUGUAAAGUGA